AUGGCUGGGAGAAUGAAACAACAGGGCCAAAUAAAAUCCCUAAUCAUUGGAAGAUCAUGUGACCUCAGCAGACACCACUCGUUCCGGAAGCUGUUCAGUAAGCACAGCACAUACUACAGGAAACAGCAUGGACCCACAGCUCCUGUAGAACAAGGAGGUCCUGGAGCUGAGAGCAGGUGGAGCCAUCCAGUUGGAGAGCUACGAGAGGAACAGUUCCCCAGCAUGCAACACUCUCAGAGGCUGGACCAGAGGCUCCACGUGCUCAGGGAGGAGGUCAGGACCAUGACUCUGGAGAAGGAGCGAGGGGAGGGGUUAUGGAGGGAGCGACUGCAACGUUGUCAGAGGCAACUAAUGGCCAAAGAGGAAGAGAUGAGCCGUCAGUCCCAAUACUUUGAGAACUUCAAAGCCCAACUCCAACACAAGCUCAGCCUGGCACGAGACAGAGAGCAGAGCCUACAGAAUCGCAUCUACAGUUUAGAAAACCAGCUUCUUGAUGUGACAGUUAGUGCUGCCACUGGCAUGGCCACAGUCAGAGCAGCAAAAAUCACUGCUGGGACUGCGAAUCACUUGGUGAAACAAGAGAGGAUAACGUCCACGAGAGGAGAGGGUGAAGGAGAAGAGGAGAAGAAGGAUGAGAGGAGAAAUAGAUGGCAGCCAGAUUUUGAAAAUGAGUGUGAGGAAAGGUGGGAGGAGGACGACAGGAAGGCAGAGCCGGAGACGGAGGGAGGAAGAAACAGAGACACAAAACAGAGCUCAAAUGAAGCCAGGCUGCAAGGCUUCAUCAUCAGCAUGAAGGAGGAUCUCAGGGUGCUGCUGGAGAGGGAGGAGAAUGGGAUGACUGAGCGGAGGGGACUGAUGGAGCAGCUUCAGGAGGCUCAGGAGAACUGCCACCUUCUAGGCUGCAAAGUGGAGGAGAUGAAAGCAGAUGUGCAUCAACUGAAACUUUCAGAGAGCCUCCUGAUGGAGGAGGUUGAUGAGCUCAGAGAGGAGAAUCAGAGACUCCAAAAGAUCUUCAGGGAUGCAGCUAACCAAACGCCACCUUCAUCAACUACAGACCCAGAGUCCAGACGCAUUAGUCCUGGGACCAGCCCAGCUGUUUGCUCAACAUCCCCCACCACUCUGUCUCACACCGCUGCCAAGGGACAGUCUGUGAGGAUUGCAGGAGAGGUCCAGUCCCAUACAGAUGCGGAACCGAUUCUGCCUCAUCCACUUGCAGUUUCACCCGUUGACCACCAGAGAGAAGCAGAGUGCUGGCAGGACAACACAGAUGACAGCAACUCAGUGGACAAAGCAAAAGAUCACCUUGACUCCAAGUGCAACACCAGUUUCCAGCCACUUUCCUUCGUUACAGAGACCUUGAAUGAGUUUAAGAUGGGGUGCGUCAAUGAAAGCCCCAGUGCAGAAUCAAAUGCCCUGAGAGAAGCUUUCUGGAGUCUGGGAUUAGGGGAAGAUCUUCAAGCACUUCAAGAGCAACGCGAGCACCUGGAGGCUGCUCUGCAGCAUACGCAGGAACAGCUGAGGGCGAUGGCUAAGGAGAAUGCCCAGCUGAGAUCACAGCUCAGGAAAGAGGCAGAGGAGCAACAGACAGAGACAGAGCACUGGUCAACAAAAGAAAAGAUUGCCACACCACCAGACCAUGAUGUAGAUGACCAUCCUGCUUCAUCUUCUACCCAGGAUGACGGCACAGUAGCUCAGAAUAAUCUUGUCCAAGCCCUGAACCAGGAAAACCGGGCCUUGGCAGAGCGAAUCCAAGAGCUGAUGUCUCACAUGCGGCUCAGAGAGGAGGAAAUCAAGGAGGAGCAAAGAAAGCUCCAUGACAGUGUUACCAGGCUAAAGGGGGAUGGAAUCAGGCUGGAGCAGGAGAACCAUGAACAAAGCUGCUUGAUUUUAGAGCUGACACGGAAGACUGAGGAUGAUCUAAACACCAUCAUGGAGCUCCAGCAAAAGUUGGAGGAACUGAGGGGGACUGAAGAGGAAUUACAAGGUCAAAAACCUGAAGUACCAGAAAUGUUUGUGCAGAAAAACCAAAAAGAAUUUGCAGAUAGUAUAGUUACAAGCGUGCCUCAAGAAGUACAGAACAGUCAGAUAGAGGAUGUUCUCAGCACAGCUUCAUUACCUGGUUGUAAUCAUAAGUCUGAAUCAUUACAAGAUUACUCACAGAACAUCAUGACGGUUAGUUCACUUACAGACCAAACAUCCCAGCUCACCAGCUCAAUUAAGAACCUCCCAGCAGAGCAAGAAGAACUCACUAAGAGCCUAAAUUUGCUCAGAGAUCAGCUUAGAGAUGUUGCUCUCUCAGUCCAAACACAGACAGAGGAAAAGCAGCAGUUAACUCGCACAGUUUGGGCUCUAAAGGAGCAGAAAGAUGGUAUCUCUCAGUCUCUGGCUGGCCUUAAACAAGAGAAAGAGCAGCUGAGCAGGGCCGUCCAUGGGCUGAAAGAUGAGAGAGAUCAGUUUAUAAGGUCCAUGAGUGGACUAAAAGAAGAGAAAGAGCAGCUAACUAAAUCACUUUCUGGUCUUCAAAGAGAUAAAGAGGCAAUAAUAAAAACUCUCUCAAGUGGAAGUGAAGAGAGAGAUCGAAUCAUGGAGUCACUGCAGGGUCUACAGGCAGAGAGCGACCAGUUAAAGCAGACGGUGCUUCAUCUGAAAGAACAGAGAGAUAAACUAACAGAUUCCCUGAAGUGCCUGACAGAACAGAGAGAACAGGAACAAUUAAGUCAAACUUCAAAAGACGACCAUGACCGGUUGGAAAAGGCAGUUAGCAGUUUAACAGAAGAAAAAGGAAAAAUAGAACAUUCAGUGAACAGCUUGAAAGAAGAACAAAAGCAGAUCAUGCAAAUAAUCCUGGGCUUAAGAGAAGAAAGAAACAGGCUUCAAGCUCUGCCCAUCCAAACCCAAACAGAGGAGAAGAAUCUCAAGCAGCCGCUGAUUAAGUUACAGGAGGAACUGGACAAGAGUCAUGUUGAGAUCCAGAGGUUGCACAUUGCACUGUCUCAGGCGGAAGUGAAGUGGGAGGAAGCUGAGAUGAGGGCAGCCCAAACAUCUGAGCAAGUGGAGAGACUGACAGACGCAGCCAAUGAAAUGGAAGACACCACAAUGAAAAAUGACAGGCUCGCAACACAGGUGACUGAGCUGCAGAUCAAACUGACUGAGCUGAUCAGGGAGAAGACACAUGCUCUGUCUCUGAAGAAACUAGCAGAGGAGCGAUGCGGCAUCCUCACUGCUGAGCUCAAAGCAAAAACAGUUGUUCUUGAGGAGCUGAACUCAGAGUAUAUAGCUCUGAAAGGAGGAAAGGGCAGCAGGGAUGAUGGGAGUACCGCUCUGUUCUCACUUAGGACACGCUACAACAACAUCAGAGCCAAGUAUGACGUGCUCCUUAGAAGGAAAAACCUGAAAGAUCUGGAUGUGGCUCCUUUAAAGGCCAAGUUGUCCUGCCUGCUGGUGAAGUGUCAGGAGAGGAACAGCGUGUUAGCUCAGAUGAUGAGGGCCAUGCACAGGCAGGGCUGUGUGGACAGCCAGCUCACACAGCGGGUCGAGGAUCUGCUGAGUGAUGCUGCUCUGCAGGACUACUCUGCAGCAUUCGCACCAGGAGGCAGAGCACAGACCCGACGUCACUGUGAGGGCUUCACACAAGAAUUCAUCCCAGCAUUUCUGGACUACACCAAUGGAUUCGUAGCUGAUCAAACCGGCCCGCUUGCUUUAACCUCUGUGAGCAAAAGACAAAAUGCUGUUCCACAUGGAACUGGAGACCAGUGGGGCCAAAGUGCGGGGCAUACUUCAGUAUUUGCCAGUGAAACAAUACAUCGUCAAGGCUCAAGUGGAUUCAUGCCUUUAGCAGAAGGAACAUCUAAGAAAAACUCACCUGGGCCAACCUUAGCUGAAGAUAAGCAAACAGGUGUACCAAAGCCAGCUGGCCUGCAAGUAAAAGGGAGCCUGAUUCCCAUUAUGUCACAGCUGUCUCCUGUUAGCAGAUCACUCCAAGCAAUCAGUCCUCCUCAAAGGUUCCCCUCAGAUCCGACCACUCUGAGUGUAUCCUCACCGAGUAUCAUCCCUCCCUCUUCCUCCACACCCGUCAGCCUCAACAGGAGGUUCAGCAGUCCCGAGAAGAUUGUCAACCUGCACGAGCAGCUGCAGAAGACUCUGAUGAGCAGCUUUCAGACACCUGGGAGCAGAGGCAGAGGGCAGCAGCCCCGGAGGAGCCUGUCCAUUUCAGCCUCCACAGACCUGAGCCCUCCCAAAGCAGAGCUCAACCCCUCAUCUUGCAGUGCUCCGCAUAGCCCCUCUCUCCCAGUCACCACGGCUUUGAGCCCAGCUCAAGAUGUAGUGAAAACUAAGUCUGCCAGCUUUAACACGUCGGGAACACUUUUGAAUGCGGUUGCUGUCAGAUCUGCUAAUGCAGCAUUGAGUCCUGUCACGUUCAUUUGCCAAGGCCUUAAAGCAUCUAAAUUGUCUGCUCUUUCUCACUCCUCUAACUAUGCUCUCACCACUGUGGCACCCAGCAAAGAUGAAUCCAUUUUAAAUGGUGGCUUUAAUUUAACAGUAUCCCCAAAGCAGCUAAAGAAAGGGACUGUUAUCUCUAACGUAUCUGAUGCUGAACACACAGCUUCAGCCUUUCUAACUUUGACAACGGCUCCUUUUAACCCUCAUGUCACUAAUCCCAAAUCCACUCACCCAAAUGUGUCUGCUUCUAGCAAACAAACAGUCUCAAAUUCUCAGUUUUUGAACAAUGCCUCUAAAACGAAUGACCCCUCAAGCGAUGGCCGUGCACUCACAACAGCCUGCUCUCAGUCUGCUCACUCCUCUGACGAAAGAUCCAACCAGUCAGCCAGGGAAGCCAACGCUGCUCCAGAGAGGUUUUCCAGACCCAAACCAGAACCUCCCGCUGAGGUUCGCUCUGUUGAGGUCAUAAAAACUGUUGGUCAGAGCAGCCUCCUGAUUGGCUGGGAGAGGCCUCCGCUCGAUGAGCUGGGCUGCAGUAAUGGAACAUUUGUGUACGGAUAUAGGGUGUAUGCAGAUGGCAACUUCCACAAAUCUGUCAUGAGCUCAGCAUGCACAAAGUGUAUUUUGGAGAGCGUGGACCUGAGCGUGCCUGUCCACAUCAGUGUCCAGACUCUGGGCUCAAAUGCGUCCACACUGUUCACGGGACCUCAAACACAACAGGGCAACGCUGACCCACGCAGGGGUCCAGUCAGAAGAAAUCUAACACUUCAGAUUCUGAGAGAGUGCCGUGUGUAUCCUCCUGUCUGUUCGCCCCUCAGUGCACACCCAUCUAAAUCUGCAGCCCUCCGAGGGAGCGUCUUCACCUCCACCUGAGCUGAGACACACAGUCACACAGCACGGACCCAUGUGCCAGAUGAGGCUUAGGUCAACUAAUCAGGAAUACCCCUCUCACACAGUUAUUAGCUGCCCGUGCACGUACAGUUGCCUGCAGCCACCAAACCUCGGAACCUCCAAACCACUACCUGAACAUGCUGAAUGAAAUGCUUUGUCAGAUCUCUGCCUCUGCACUCAAAGUCGAUUUCCAGCUUAAAACAGCCUUUUCCUUGUUGGAAGACAUUCCUGUCUCACCUGCAGGACCUCUUGAAUGCUUAAAUCAUGCUAACUCCCAGGUGAUCCGUCACCCGUGACGCAACCAUUUAGGAAGGCAUCUGCUGCACACCUUUUCACUGUGUUAAACAGUCAGACCACCAGUCACGCUGCCUCAUCAAAGAGCCGGCAAAGUGAAAAGAGAGAGCCGUUGUGACAGCGACAGUGUGCGAUUUCCACGCAUGAAACCAAAUACGUGAAAGGACGAUUAGUUCCAAAGAGUUGUUUGUUUUCCUCUUCUCCUAGCUCGCCGGGAUUCCCUUAAACACAGUGGCCAGAUUUUAAGUUGUACAAUUUGCACACAAUCAUGAUUAAUAUCUAAAUGAAAACAAUUUUAAGAGAUUAUCGCUGGUAUUUUUUGAAGAGCCUAUUAUAAAAAUAUGCCAAUGUACCACACACUGUAUGUCUUUUUGUAAGUGACUUUGCUCCCAAUAGAUGUCACAUUUGCACGCACAUUGUUUUUUCUUAUUUGAUUUUAUAAAUGUUCAGGUCUCACAUGAUAGAUUCCUCUGUUACUCACGGUAUGUAUGGGUGAGGAGGGAUCAUGGUGCACUAAAGGUAUUUUUCUAUCUCUAACUCGUAUAAUUGAUUUACCACUAUUUCCCUCUAACUGUGCAGAGAAUAAAUAAAUGUUUAU